ACUUCCGCUUCUACUUGUACCUGACUUCCCCCUCCACUCCCAGCUCCUUCUCCUUCUCCCACCACCUACUCCUGACAACCGUCCUAUCUUGCCUUCCCAGCCACCGACCUGAACUCCCUCAGCUCACUCCUGCUGGAGACUGUGUGCCAUCGUCAUCAACCACCAGCUACAUCAGAUCCGCUGGCUCGAAACACCCACUUCCAGCCCCCGUCUCAUCGAUCAAACAUCCGCUACCCGACCAUCUGAUACCAUCGCCAACACAAUCGCCUGGCCACCAGACCAACGUCAGCGACAUUACGCCCGCUAAGGUACCAGCAAUCGACCAACUCCAACACCACCACCACCUCGGCAGCCAACAGAAGGCACGAUGCGCUCCAACAGCAUCUCUUCUAUCAGCAGCACUAGCAGUCGCGCCCCAUCCGCUGAGCCCGAGCCUACGAUGCAGAUCUUCGUCAAGGACAUUGCAGGAGAGACAUUCCCGCUCACCAUCCCCGAGAGCACCACCGUCUCCACCCUCCGCUCUCUGCUCGCCCUGCGCACCAACGUACCAGAGUCGUCGAUGCGAAUCGUCCAUGCCGGCAAGCACCUGAGUCAAUCCAACUCCACCCUCUCCUCCUACCGCGUCGCCUCCGAGUCCACUCUCCACAUGGUUCUCCCCAUCCGCGGCGGCGGCCCCAAGAAGAUUCGCUGUGCGUUCAAAGACUGCAAGGAUGCAAUUGUACGUAUAACGGGCGACUGCACUUUCUGCCACAAGUCGUACUGCAACAAGCAUCGCAUGUUGGAGAGCCAUAGCUGCUCGGGCCUGGAGGACUGCAAGAAGGAGGAGAAGGAGCGGAAUCGCGAGAAGCUUGAGAGUGAAAUGACUCGUCCUAUCAAGGGUAUCUAGGCUGCUCGUCUCCGCAAAAGAGAAGAUGGAGCGGAGUAGAAAUGACAACUACUCCAAGAGGCGACGUGGAACAGGCACGUUUUGAGCUAAUGGGAGGAACAACGUAUCGCGAGGCUUUGUCUAUACACUAGCCGGCAAGCGCACAAUCGUAUCUGGCAUGCGUGGCAUUGGGAUAGAGCGACUUGAGGCACGUGGGCCUUCGUGCAUGGAAGGACGUGCGUUAAUGUGGUAAUAUGGGCAUACAAUUGACGUUUCAAGCAACGGGAGUUUGGGAUUUGAUGCUGCUGCUGCUGAGCAUUUACAGUCGAGCGAGACACGUACUGCUAGGUUUUUGGAGGUCUCCUAUCUCCCAGAUAUGAUAGACAUACUCGAGUGUAUACAACACAAUCCGAGACGAGUUCGUUCCUGGAAAAAAAGAGGAUGUCGCCUGCACCCCACGAGGUGAGAUCAUCGGGUGCUUCAGAUAGACUGACCCGAAGCUCCUUGGCCGGCAUUGGAAAAAGAAACCCAGGGUAGCCUACUCCGCACCCUUGCCAUAGCAGCCCUGUCAUGAAGCUGCUUCCGGGGCCCGGAAGGUACAUUUACAUGUAUAGUUUAUACUUGCCACUGUUUGAACGACCUCGCCAAUGCUCCGGCCAAGACCACGACCUUGCCUUCGGUAGUUGCUUAUCAGGGAUCCAUCUAUUCACAAGACGGGAGAGUGUGCCGUAGAGGUUGGGAAGCUCGGCGAGAUUAAUUUUGUGCUGCUCCUCUGAGGGAGGAGACCUUGGAUAUUGUAGGUACUAUGUACGGUACCUGAGGUAUGCAUUCUAUGUACUAGCCGGCGAGAUUUGUGGAUUAAGUAGCACAUGUGAUUAGACGAAGAAGACCUAAAAGGAGGGGAAGCACAAGAGGACAUGGACAUGUCACACGCUCUUCUAGGUUAGACUUACUCAAUGACUUGGAAUGUGUGUGUUCGAAGUCUACAAUUGUGAUGAGUUGGGAUAG